GGCAAGAAAAAGAAGUGUUAAUUGUUGUGAUGGAUGUUUUUUUAGGAACCGGAGCUGCUUCGCGUUGAUGCAGAGCGGAUCCGGCGGCAAAUGCAGGAGGUUGCCGUAACGAAUUACCGGUCAUUCAUUUCCGCUGCGGAUGCAUUGAUAGCAAUUCGUGAGGAAGUCACCUUUAUUGACAAGCAUCUUGAAGCCAUGGGAUGUUCUUAACUUAUUCUCAAAGAAUAUGAGUACCGCAGUAGAGAACUUUCAGUUGGUCUUGGAUUCGCAUCGGUGGGUUCCGCUCCCAGCUGUUGGCUUCCCUGCAAAUACUGUUGGUGAAGAAAGUCAGGAGGAUGUCACUCCACCAUCUUAUUUGAUGGAGCAUCCACCUCUUGCUGUUUUUAUUAAUGGUGUAUCUGCAGCAAUAAAUGAGCUGCGUCCAUGUGCCUCAAUAAGUCUAAAACAUGUCGUUGUCCAAGAAUUGAUUAAGGGAUUACGAGCUGUUUCUGAUUCAUUGUUGCUGUACAAUACAACUUGAGUGCUCAGAGCGAACGAAUCAGCACUUUUCCUCUCACUCUGUCGGGCAUUUAUUGAGGUUGCUUAUCCUCAUUCUGCAACAUGUUUUGGAUGAUGUUACCCCGGUGGAGCAACAAUUAUUAUGGAUGCUAAGAACUUGUAUGACGGAAUCAGCCGCCUAUUAGAGACAUCCUCUGCUGCAAGAGAGCUCCCAAAACCAGUGAACAAUGGCAAAGCAAAGGGUGCAGAUGAGAAUGGCGAUGUUCUGGCAGCAGCAAAGAACGGAGGAACCCCUACCGCCAAAGAAUCCGAAGCCAUCAAUGCUGAUGAGGUGGUGAUGGAGGAAGUCCCUAUUCCAGAGACAGAACAAGAACACACCAAUAAUACUGAAAAGCCCAUGAAUGAUAGUGUGACGUCUUAGUGAUGGAUAUAAAUGGAUAUAAAUGUAUUUCUGUUCUUCCCUUGUUUGCAUUUUAUUAUUCUUUUGUAUCUUCAAGAAAGGAUGUCGCUAGCUGUAAUUAUAUUGUUGAAUUUCGUCAAAUUUACAUAAUCUUCUAGUCCAUAGAAAGCAUUUGUCCUAAGAAAGAAGAGAAUUUUGACAGAGAUUGUUGCUUGUAUUGCAGAGUGUUGUUUUC